AUGCCUGUCACUAACUUCGCCCACCCCGAUCCAUACAAGUACCAGACGGGCUUCGGCUCGUACCACGAAUCUGAAGCCGUCGAGGGAGCUCUUCCAAUCGGCCAAAACUCUCCACAAAAGGUUCCCCAUGGUCUCUACGCAGAGAAGCUCUCAGGAACCGCAUUCACCGCACCUCGUCAUGAAAACAAGCAGACAUGGGUGUAUCGCAUCCUGCCCGCAGCGGCACAUGAGAACUUCUUCGCUGAAGAUGCCGGCUCGUAUCACACUCGGAUGACCACCGAGACCCAUAAGCUUCACCAUAUUCCUAACCAAUUGCGGUGGAAUCCCUUCGACCUCGAUGAGAAAGUCGAUUGGGUACAUGGGUUGCACCUCGUCGCUGGGUCUGGCGACCCAACAAUGAAGCAAGGACUGGGAAUCCUGCUAUACGCUGCUGGCAAAGACAUGGGCAAGGAAGCUUUCUAUUCCGCAGACGGAGACUUCUUGAUCGUGCCCCAGCACGGAGUUCUGGAUAUCCAGACCGAGCUCGGCCGUAUUAUCCUCCGCCCGAAUGAGAUCUGUGUUAUUCCCCGCGGUGUCAGAUACCGCGUCACCCUCCCCGACGGCCCAGUCCGAGGCUACAUCUGUGAAUUGUAUCAAGGCCACUACGAGCUUCCUGAGUUGGGCCCCAUCGGCUCCAACUGCCUGGCCAAUGCGCGUGAUUUCCAAGCCCCUGUUGCCGACUUCGACGACGAGGAAGAAAGCGAGUACAAGCUCUACAGUAAAUUUAACAACACUCUCUUCUCUGCGCGCCAGAAUCACACCCCCUUCGAUGUCGUAGCCUGGCAUGGAAACUACUACCCCUACAAGUACGAUCUGGGACGAUUCAAUACCAUCGGUUCCAUUUCAUUCGACCAUCCCGACCCAUCUAUUUUCACUGUCUUGACAGGUCCUUCGGACCAUGUUGGUACAGCAGUUGCCGAUUUUGUUAUCUUCCCGCCUCGCUGGCUGGUCGCCGAGAAUACUUUCCGUCCGCCAUGGUACCACCGCAACACCAUGUCAGAGUUCAUGGGAUUGAUUGCUGGUAACUAUGAUGCGAAGGUUGGCGGUGGUUUCCAGCCUGCUGGUGCUAGUUUGCAUAAUGUUAUGAGUGCACAUGGUCCUGAUUAUGGUGCUUUCGAGGGUGCUAGUAAUGCCGAGUUGAAGCCGCAGAAGGUUGGUGAUGGAAGUAUGGCUUUCAUGUUUGAGAGUUCUUUGAUGGUUGGUGUCUCGGAAUGGGGUCUAAAGACCUGCCAGAAGGUGCAGGAGGAGUACAAUGAGCACAGCUGGAAGCCGUUGAAGCGACACUUUGUCAACCCUAACAAAAAGGCUUAG